AUGGGCAGCUCGUGUCCGUCGCCCUUAACUGGGCUCCUGCGGCCUCUCAUGCUCCUCCUCCUCUGCAUAACCCAGCUCUCCACGGCCCUGAAAUUCGAUCUCCCUGCCAACACAAAUCAGGAGAGAUGUAUACGAAACUUUGUGAAUAAGGAUCAGCUGGUUGUUGUGACGGCGAUUGUGGGUGGAUCCAAAGGUGAUGGACAGAUUGUUAACAUGCAUAUUAAAGACUCGAUGGGUAAUGAUUACGGCAGGCCCAAGGACGUCGUCGGCGAGAAACGACAAGCGUUUACCUCCGGGGCAGAUACUGCAUUCGACGUGUGCUUUGAGAACAUCCUCGUUGGCCGACCUACUGGCGCCCUUUCCCGCUCCGUCGAACUUGACAUUGAUAUUGGAGCCGACGCCCGCGACUGGUCGGCCAUUCAGGUACAAGAGAAGCUACGACCGGUCGAGGCUGAUCUGCGCCGUAUUGAAGCGAUGGUCGCCGAGAUCGUGACAGAGAUGGAAUACAUGCGGACUCGCGAGCAGAAAUUGAGAGAUACGAAUGAGAGCACGAACGAACGAGUUAAAUGGUUUGCCUUUGGGACUAUUGGUAUGCUGAUAGGAUUGGGCGCGUGGCAGGUUGUUUAUCUGAGAGCGUAUUUCAGAAUGUCAACUCUAGGUACUCCACAAUUCUUCAUGCGCGCUCUGCGCCCUUCCAAUGCCAGAGCAGUGUCUUCAUUUUUCCAACGCCAAGCCGGAGCCGCAUCCCAUCGAUCGCUGAGCUCAACAACAUUCCGAGCCAGCAACCUGAAUGAACGCGGCCACUCGACUGCUCCCUUACACCGCGAAACCCAGAAGUCUAAGCCUCUGAACCCACAUCUGACAAAUACCACGCCGACAAGCACCGAUGACUUUCCCAAAGUUGGCGCGAAAUCACCGCCCCCAGACUUGAUCACAGGAGCGGAUCCCGACUACCAGCCGCGCAAUGCGGUCCCGGGUAAGAUGGAGCAUAUGACAGGCACAAGUAUGAAAACGGACGGGGGGAGGAAACCUGAGUUGGGCGUUGGGGAGAUGGAGGGGAUUACUUUUAAGGUUGAGCCUUUGAGGCGGCAAGGGGAAGAUAUUACGACGAUGAGGGCUAGGUUGCUGUAUCAAAGCCGAAAGCGAGGCAUCCUAGAAUCCGACCUUCUCCUCUCGACGUUUGCAUCCCAGCAUCUCCCGACGAUGACAGAACGACAACUGCAAGAAUACGACAAAUUCCUGGAUGAGAAUGAUUGGGAUAUCUACUACUGGGCGACUCAAGAGGCAGAGGACCCAUCCGUGACAGAUGGCGCCAAUUCGCCUUCCGCAACAAACAUAUCCGACAAUCAAGCCCAGGAUACCCCGACAGAGACGUGGAAAAGCGGCGCUGCAAAGAGUGGAGAAUGGGCGCAGACUGUAGGGGCAUUCAAACCUGCAUAUAGACCUGUUCCGCAGCGGUGGAAGGACUCUGAGAUCCUUGCUCAAUUGAGACAGCAUGUGCAUGAGAAGAGUGCUCUUGGAGUAAAGGGGGCGAAGGGGCAGAGCCGGAGUGGAGGAGGGUUAGGACAGAUGCCUGACCUGCAUAGAGUCAACGCAUGA